AUGUAUCUCAAAACUAUCGUGAACCGCCUUUUCAGGAGUUGCAAACGUAAGGAACAACUACGUCUAGAGCCGUGGUGGAAAGUUAUGCCAUAUUCCUCUCAAGAGCACAAUUCACACGUUGAUAAGCGUGGUCCUCCGAUCGAUCGAGAACAUCAUUCACAUAACGGUUGGAAUCCACCACCACAACAAGGAUACCGUCCUGGUUCCUGGUGA